CUCCAGUGAGAGCAGCUCCAGCUCCAGUGAGGACAGCUCCAGCGACAGUGAUGAGAACCUUCCAAAGCCUGAACCACCAGCUAAUAGAAAGUGGCACCUUGAUGUCCUGAUGGCCGAGGCAAAGCGAAGAGCAGCUCCAAGAGAGGGUGCCAGGGAAAUUGCCCGUGGGAAUGGGCCUGAGCAGGGGGACAAGCAGGAGCAGGGCAGCAGCAGCAACUCCUGCCAGAAGAGCAGUGGCCAGGUGGCUCAGGCUCCUCAGCAAGCUCAUCUUCAGACUAAGCAGAGCUGCCUGGAGCCUCCUGGGCUCGCUGAGGAGACCUUGCCCAAGGAGUCUGUGGCUACCAAAAGACCUGGAGAGCCCCUGGAGCAUGAAAAAUCCAAAAGAGCGCGGAAGGAGGAGAGUGAGCCUGGUCCUGUGGAGGUGACAGAGCAGUUAUGGAAGGAUCAGCUGAAUAAAGACCCAAAGCUGGCACUUGAGGAGCCCUCUGAGGACAGAAAGGACAAGGGCUCCCCCCAGGCCAACACCAAAGGCUUUUUGGAGCCUGAGCUGCUGGGAGAUGCUCUGGAAUGUGAUGCCCUCAUCCCCAAUGGGCACAGGUCUGGGGAUUUCCACCAAGAGAAAGUGCCCUCACCUCCUGGGGAGAAGAAAUUGUUCUUUCCUCCAAGGAAACUGGACUUGAAGAGAAAAGAAAUGGAGAGUCCUGAGGAGUCCCCCAGAAAGAAGAAGGUGAGAGGGGCAGAGGGAGGUGGGUUUGGACAAUGA